UCGCCUCGUUCUUGACUAGUUUUCACGCGUUUAAGCAUUUGUCCGCGACUCCUCCCUCGUGGCCACCUACAGUGACCAUAUCAUUUUCUGAGCGUGAUAAGAUUUGGAUAAACCAGCUUUUACCCGGGUCGGUUAGGUGGGAUGUUACUUUAUUCAACUACAGUAGUUUUAAACUGAUCUACCGUUGGACUGGAUUUUAACUUUGACUUAAGAGGUAAAUGAACUCGAACCUAUUCUUAGAAAAUAAUUUCAUGAGUUACCAUUAGCUCAGUAACGGCUGUAGUAACGACUGAAGAGAUUUUAACCGCGUGAACGGAGUAAUAGCUGCUUUAACUCACAGGUGGCAGCACUCUUCAUGACGCUUUAGUAUGUCAGACUCGAGCGGCGGAGAACACAUGGGAAUAAUGUCUAGUCUAUUUAUCUCGAAAGAACGACAGCAUCCGAGGAUACUGUAAUAUCAAAAGUGCAAGCUCAACUUACAGUUUACUUGUGAUCUCAAGAUGUACCUCCAACCAGGAAAAUCAGCAAGAAUCAUUUGAUACAUUUCGUCACGUCAUAUUUUUGUGGCAGGAAAAAGGAUCUGUUGCCCGCGCUCUGCAAAUUAGUUCCGCUACCGGCCGAAUAGCGGCGACACUGUAUAUGUAUACGGCAGCCGUAUGAAUAGCCACUGCGAUUAUCGUUAGGGAUUCAUACAUACAUAUAAGUACGUCAAAAUUAAGGAAUCUACAGAGAAAAAGAGCUACGAUGAAAAUAAAGCAAUGGAAAAGAAAAUCGUGGAUUGUCUUACAUCUUAAUAUAGUUCCAAGUGACUAACGAUACUUUCAAGACAUUUAAGCGUCGUGGAAAAGCUCAUAGGACUCUUAGUGAAGCUUGCCCCACGCCGGGGACUGGAAAAUGGAUGAAAGUUAGAAAUACAGAAAAACCUAAGAUUCAAGAAAAAUACAGGAACGUCAGGUAGAAUAUGGAUGGUAGUGAAUGGCAGGCAUUAUCGCAGCUAUCUACUUCCCCAAGUUAUUCUAGAACCCAGAGUGGCAUUUUUCGUAUGCAAUCUAAACACUUUAGAUGGCAUCACUUUCAGAUCCAGCAGAUGUUUAAAAGGGACAAUACCCCAUAGAGAAGUAUAUCCGAUGGACAAGGCCAAGCGAGCAAGCUAGUGGAUGGAUGGAUGGAUGGAUGGACUAUCGCAGAAUUAGCAGGAGGGGGUACGAAAUGGUACCAAGGGUAGGGGGUGUGUUGUAGGUUGCUCUUGCGUGAGAAACCUUCGUCAGUAGCGUCGUUGAGCGUCGCGGUGCGCAUCCGACUCGGUUACCACCUUUGUUCGUUGAAUCGCAAAAAUCAUCUCACUGCCAGCCAAGUAUAAGUGACUUUAAUCCUCUAACAACCCUCGUACGGAAAAUUGCAAGUGGACCGUGAGUUUUAUUGUAAUUGAAUUAAAUAUUUUGUUUACGUGCAAGUUCCCUGUCAAUUACUCUGGCACAAAGACGGCAGUGCGUACAAAAUUUGUUUCAUUGUACGUUGAACUAUAGUCGAAGAGCUGAACUCAGCAUCGGGUGUAAGAAAAAGUUGCACAAGAAGGGCGGUCCGGAUAAUUUCUUGUCGGGGAAGACAAAUCUAAGGUCAAAAGGUUUUAUAUCUACCAGCAUAAAAGACACCUGAAAAUCUAUACGACGUUUUCAAGCCGUCGAACGACUUAAUUACUAAAAGUGAUUUAAGCUUAUUUAGAAGAAUUGUGUGAAGGGAAAUACAUUUAUCUCCUUCGAUUUUACGUAACCUUUGUCAGUAGCGAAUUAAAGGUACCUCAAAACGACGGAAUUUCCCGAGAGAAGUUGGAAAAUUCCAAUUCCACAGUUCCGUCUCUCCUAUACCUUUGACCGAGCUAAUUUGAAUGUACGGCCGUUCCGCAACGUUGAUAAAUUGUGUGGAAACAAAUAAUUAGGAAAAUGCGAACUCAUUGAACAUGACAGCGGACAGGAAUCUCCAUGUUCUAUGUAACAAUACAUCCCCACGCCUUUGAAAAGGGGCUGGGGAUGUCCUGGUGAAUUGAAAACGACGAAAAAGAAAUAUAUUUUUAAUUAACCCUUAAUCGGACGUAAACGAAAUUUAAAGGAUAGUUAAAAAAGGUACAGGUAAAUUUUAACUAUUUAAAAGUGGCUGAUAUAAAACACUAAAAUUUUACGGGACGUCAAUAGUCCUGUAUCAUGUUGAUACAAAAAUUAUUAAUAGAUAUUCACUAUCUAUAUUUAUUGUAAACGCAAAGAAUUAAAGCAAGCAUCAAAAUUAAAAAGCAGGCUGUGAAUAGUCCUUGCAGAAUAAUAAACGGAUUAUAGGAUACUGUUGUCUUGACAAUGACAACAAUGAAAAACGGCGUGAGAAUACGAAAUAGAAAUUGAGUAAGAAUCUCGUCCUCGAAGGAGAAUUCUAACCUAAAGACCAUCGAUUCAAACUGCGAAAUCAUCGUUAAAGGGGAAGCACCAUUCGAUCACAGUAAAAUGCCGUAUACAACUAGCACACCCACAAUGUCUCAGAUACUAAAUUGCUCAACAAAUCAGAUCAAUUGUACGGAGGAAGAUUACACACCUUACAGUGCCCGACUGGAAACUUAUAUUGUUCCUGUGGUCUUUCUUCUAAUCCUCGUAAUCGGCGUGAUGGGUAAUGGCGUCCUGGUGCUGACAAUUCUGCGGCAUGGAAAUAUGCGAAAUGUACCUAAUACGUAUGUCCUCUCACUGGCGUUAGGCGACCUACUGGUUAUACUGACCUGCGUGCCUUUCACCUUCACCGUUUACAUCCUAGACUCCUGGCCGUUUGGUCCUAUACUUUGUAAGGUUUCUGAGUGUGCCAAGGACAUAUCUAUAGGGGUGUCUGUAUUCACAUUGACCGCCUUGUCAGCCGAUAGAUUUUUCGCCAUAGUGGAUCCAAUGCGCAAGCUUCAUGCAACUGGGGGUGGAAUGCGGGCAACCCGUUUCACUACUGCGAUAGCCGCCCUCAUUUGGUUACUGGCUAUGGUCUGUGCGGUACCAGCAUCGUUCUCAUAUAUACGAGUCUUUCGCGUGAAUAAAGACGUAUCAUUCAAGGUCUGCUAUCCAUUUCCAGAAGAAUUCGGUCCAAAUUAUCCUAAGACAGUUCUUAUAUGUCGCUUCUUCGUCUACUACGUUCUUCCAUUGGGAGUUAUUACAGUGUUUUAUCUUCUUAUGGCCAGGCACCUUGUCCAGAGCACACGUAAUAUGCCUGGCGAGAUGCAAGGCCAGGUGAGGUCCAGUGUGAAACAAGUAAAGGCGCGGAAAAAAGUGGCCAAGAUGGUGAUGGCCUUCGUUGUUGUAUUUGCUGUUUGUUUCUUUCCCCAACACGUCUUCAUGCUGUGGUUUUAUAUUCAUCCCACUGCACAAAUGGACUACAAUGCAUUCUGGCAUGCAUUUCGUAUACUGGGAUUUUGCCUUGGAUUUAUGAACAGUUGUAUCAAUCCUAUCGCUCUCUAUUGCGUCAGCGGUACCUUUAGAAAAUACUUCAACAGAUAUUUACUGUGCUGCUGCGCCUCGAAAAAGAGACGCACCUCGGCACUUGGUUCGCAUCGACGUGGACAGAGUAUUUCACUGACGACGUCGCGACGCCAUACCAGCAGUAGACGGGGACUGCAAAGCGUCGUACAUCUGCCUACUUGGACGCCACCAACCGAUGAUAUUCGUAUACGACCGCAUCAGCAGGAACAGGAAACCACUGUGACUGCCUACCACAAUGGACUGGAGCAUCGAAUAUGAGGUCGCGAACUGGCGAGAGAUCAAUGGCGAUUUCAAUAUCGCCAAACAUGGAGGACACAUGGGAUACGUACUUUCCAAUUUGAAAGUUAACCCUUCAAUCUUAGUCCGUCAUCGCUUAGGUAUUAAAUAUCCGAGGGAAAGUGAAUUUUUUAUCACAAAAAUAACACAUCGUACUGUAGGGUUAAUUGAGGUUAUUCCUUCAUCAGCUAAUCGGACCCAUACAAUGAUCUCUCGCUGUGAUUCUCAAUGACGUUAUUGGAUUUUGAAGAAUUCGAAAAAUUCCAUGUGAUAAAUCCAACAUAUAUGGUUAGUCCUUUCAAGAGGGCAAAGGACUUCAGAUAACAAAAUGUGAGAAAGAUGCUUGAAGAAUCUUUAACUUUUUUUUUUAAUUCUCAAAGCCGUAGCUUACUUUUUGUAUGUUUCUAGAAGAGAAAAAAAAAGAAUGAAAAGAUACUUUCUCUCUUUUCUACACGCUUUUCAUUCUUUUAAUUUAACUCGUUAAUUCUACUAUAUGAUUGGAGCACGCGUAUUUUUUGCAAAAAUGCUACAGGCAUCUAUUAAAAUAUUCUAUUCUUAUUCUUAUAGCCUCACAACUGGUAGAUAUUACGCGCGGUUAAUUUCCUAUGAAUUUCUUCUCUUACUGAUGAAACAUCAGGUUACAUUUUUAUACCCCUGAAGCAACUGCUGCAGGCAAAUAUAUGAAGCAGGUAAGCUCGUUCGAUUACCUGUCAGUCUAUUCCCUUAUACAACUGCUCGACGAUAUGCACACACAAUCCAUUAGGCUCCACUCACAUUGUACGUAUUAAAGAGGAAUAAAUAAAUGUAUAUAUUUUCAAUAAUUCGCACGAACACGUAAACCCGGCGUUCUUGUAAUUCCAUUUGUACUCUAUCCUCUCUCUAGCCAUUCUGUCAAUAUAUUCUUUCGUCUUUUGUCAUUUCCUUAUUCGUACAAUGUUAGAGUAAUUACUUGUAAUUGCGCUAAAACCGGCUCGUACAAUCGUUGUAACGCACGGUAUGUAAUAUACAUAUAUAAAUGUAUUGUUAAUGUUAUAAAUACAAAUAAUUCUAGUCAUUUACCACUUAAGACGUAAGCUAAUCUAUGGGGGCCCAUUAAGACUAACAACUCGCGGUCCGACAUUGUUUAAGUCAAUAAGUAAAAUAUCCAUUGCACAUGGUAAAGUCGGAAAGCAUUUUAAAUCCUUAAAGCUAAACCUGCAUAAGUUAAAUUAGUUACUUUUGUCUUGAACGAUCGCGUGCACAAAGUACGAACUAUAUGUAAAGUUUCCUAUGUAUAAUUGUUAUUCCUGGAAGAUGUAUCGAUAGCAGA